ACUUUUGCGUGGAUACAAAUACAAACUGUUCCGAAAGGUACUUUAUAUUCUCGCGGUUAGUAGCUUUUCGGCGCAUGAGACACCUGGACUCGACUGGUGAACUUUAGCAAAACAAUGACAGCAUCUAGCGCGAGUCGGACCACCUCUUAUUCUCAUACCGUGGCAUAUCGUGGUCACAUUAUCUGAAUCAGCGCCAAUCUAGAUUCAAGCCUGGAUUUCUAUUCCAGGGCUUGGAUGACAAUGAUCGUAAGAUGGUCAUAUAAAAGUUUACAAUUUCUACUGGACUAAUAGAAAUAAUGGCUGCAUUAAUGAAGAAACGAGUACUGGCGGAAUUCAGCCAAAGUCAGGUGUUGACUGAACCACCAGUGAAAAAAAUUCGCACACUUCGCUGCUCUGCAUCGGUGAGCAAUAAGAACAGCUGUGCAAGUGGGGAUAGUAGUUCUGCGUUAGCUUACAUAGAAUUACUUGAUAAAUGCAAAGCUGGAAAUGAUGCAUUACAGCUGCUUUUGCGAAUAUCUGAUUCUCUCGCACAAGUGCAAUCGGAAGAUGUUUCAUUAGCAGCAAAGCGACUUAUCGAAAGGUUUGCCAAUGAACCAGAAGCAGCUGUCCGGGCAAAGAUUCUUUGGGUGUUAGCAGAGUUAGGAGGAGUCGCAGAAGAUCCAGCAGACAAAGCUGACAUUGUGGAAGAAACAGCAAAUUUAUUAAAGAAUGAAGAAUCUCACAGAGUCAAAAGUCAAGGCUUGGCUACUUUGUUAAAAUUGGGGAAUUUUCACAGGAGUGUGGCACUACAAGCAGCUCGCGAUCACUUACCAGACACGUGGCAUGGCGUACAGACACGGUGCCUAUCUAUAAUUGGACGAUUUCUGACUGCUAAUACUUCAGAUGAGAUGUUGAAAUUUGUCGGAAACUAUGCUCAUUCGCAAGAUCCCCGAGUCAGAGCCCAAGCGUUCGAGACUAUGGCAGAAUUACAUUCGCGAAGGGGAUGUCGCUUACCAGCUAGUCUAUUUUCAGGAACAUGCGAUGCCCUUCGUGACGAUUAUGAGAUUGUACGCCGAGCUGUAUUAAAACUAAUAUGGCUGUUAGGUGUGGAGUAUCCUGAUAACAUUAUAGUAGGAGAUGGCGAAGAGUUGAGGAUGAUAGAUUGUGCAUUCUCGAAAAUCUGUGGUCUGAUGGGUGACCUGUCACCUCGAGUGAGAGCUGCGGCAAUGUCUUUAUUGGGAAUGAUGAAAGGCGUUUCACGCAGAUUUGUGGAGCAAGCAUUGGAUAAGAAGCAAAAGCGAGGCGGGGAUGAAGGGCCAGAAGUUGAAGAAAGGAGUGGUUCUUGUGGGGCAUUUAUUCAUGGACUGGAAGAUGAAUUCUUGGAAGUACGUACAGCUGCUGUUGAAGCCUUGUGCUCUUUGUCUCUCGAGCAACCUAACAUCGCGCGCACUUCCCUUGACUUUAUGGUGGACAUGUUCAAUGACGAAAUUCAGGAUGUGCGAUUGAGAGCAAUCGAAUCAUUGCGUAAAAUGUCUGCCAGCGUCACUCUUAGGGAAGAUCAGUUAGAAACUAUACUUGGAGCUUUGGAAGAUUUCUCUGGGGAAGUAAGAGAAGGGCUUCAUGCCACUUUGGCUACAAGUCGAUUGGCCACUCGCAACUGUCUUCAUAUGUGUGUAAAUAGAUUAUUGGAUAAUCUGGCCCGGUAUCCACAAGACAAAGAAAGUAUUCGAGCCUGUUUAGCAUCUCUAGGAGCUUCUCAUCCAUAUCUUACUCUCCCCCUUGUGCCUCAGCUCCUUGGUCGGCAUCCAUUCUUUGAUACGCCUGAACCUGAUGUUGACGAACCUUCUUAUGCCAGUGUGUUGGUGCUGAUAUUCAAUGCAGCGUUACACUGUCCAAGUAUGCCAGCACUUUUUACAGAGCAUGCUGCAAAGCAUUACCAUUACCUCAGAGAUACUAUGCCUCACCUUGUACCUAGGCUAAGACCUACUCCUACACCAUUUCCCAGCCUUGGAAAAGAUAGCAUUGAGGAUGAUGAAACCAGAGAUCGAAGAGGCCGGGAGUUUUUGGAAAGAAUGGUCGUUGGAGCGGAAAGAGCAAGGCCAUAUGGUAGAGUUCACACACAGUUGUUGGAAGUAGCAGGUGUUGAAUUAGAUCGAUUGGCAGAAAUGGAUUCUGGAAUGGAAGGAGCAGCUCGAUUCACUGCUCUUUACAUACGGUGCCUUCUUCUACUUAGGUCGAUUGUUCAAGAGCUUUCAUCUCCUCCAUCAAGUUCUUCAUCAACUAUUUCUGGAUCAAGCUCAACCAACAAUGUUGCUGUGUUACUACAGCAUGCCCAAAAGCUGCAAAGAUUGUUCACAGGCUUGGGCGUAGAAGAAAUUUCUUUGGCAAAUGAUAUCCAUUUGAAAGCACUGGCAGUGGAGUUGAUACGUGUGACACGUGGUGCAACCGGAAGUGCGUUACCACUGGCUCGUCACUUCCUUUCAGAGGCCGAUGCUCUUCCACCUGAUUCUAGAAAAUUACCGCCAUUCUCUAGGGCUUUGGUUCUUCAAUUACCUUCUCUCGGAGAGGCGAAACCUGGAAGUUUAACUCGCCUCCUGAUACCCUUGCUGCUAACACCUCCUGCACAAGGAGAGGAAAGGCUGCCAAGACCAUCUACAAUGACUCGUGUCUGUCGUGCUAUCAUCGAAGAGCCGAGAGGAGACGCAGAUGCUGCCUUGAAAUUUACGGGUGGUUUGCUAUUAGGCAUUCCUUUGACAGCAAAGAUUCUAAAUCUUCGAGAUCCGGAAAUGUUACGUAUCAAACUACGCCAUCCUGAUCAGCAGAUACAAUUACUACUACCACGACAAUCUGAUUUACGUUCUCAAACCACUAAUCAAAGUGAAUACAGACUUAGGACAACUGUACUACUUUCGCAUCAAGUGUGGAUGGAAGCUUGUAACGUGGAAGUUUCAUUAUCGCUUCUUGUUCCAUCGUCACCUAUUUGCACGCAUCCUCCACUUGACGAUCCAUGUGUUAUUGACUUGUGCAAGCCUGUCAAAGUUUCCGUUUCUCCCAAGCCAAUCAAAAGAGGUAUCUGAAUGAAUAUGAUAUUUUGGACAAUCAAUAAACAUAUAUGCUUUGCGCAUAAAAGCAUAAUUAUUAUUUAAAGACCAUAACAAUAAUUUCAUAACAUCUGACACUAAAAUUAAUACAAAAUCUUAUAUCUAUAGUGAUUAAAAAUAUAGUCUUAACUUUCAACAAUGUCGUACAAAUAUUUUACUACAAGACUUUCAUACAUGUUAUAAAAAGAGACGUAUCGGAUCGACUUGUAUAUUGGGAUAAUCUUGAUGAAUCUUGAUGAAUCUUGAUGUGGUCACAGUCGAUUUCAUUAUCUCCAACUCUGGAACGAGCUUCCUCUGGAAAAGUAACCAAUUGAUUUCAAAACAAGUGAAUUUAUCAAAUCAUGUAACGAUAUUCAGAUCGUAGUAUUCUGGGAUUAUUGUUUAAUUUUGAUCCAAGCUAACUAUAUUCUAAGGUAUUUACCCUCAAUUAUGCUUCAAUGCUAUCAAAUAAGUUUUAAGAUAUCAGCAUUUUACAUAUUCGAAGUUGAAUUGAGCGCGAUAUUCUUCUUGAUACAAAUCAGCACACUUGAGUGAAUAAAAUAUGUUAAUUUUU